AUGAUUAUUAAGUCUAAAGCUACAGUAACUAAGAUCAAGUUACCACAAAUAGCAAUGAGUCACAUUCGUGAACGAUCAACUCACCAUUCAAAGGCAAGAUCCUUGAACCCAUCUCAAUCUCCGAUGUCUAAAAUGCUAUAGCCAACAACUCCUUUGCAUUCAACUCAUCAUAAAAACUCCUCUUAUUAUCAUUAUUCCAGCAUUAUGAAAAUAGAUCAGGCUCCUCUCAAUGAAGUCGAAAUGUUUAAUUGCUUAUAUAAGCCACUCGAUGUUACAACGACAACCAAAAACAAGGAAAGUCCUAUGAAGCGUAUUCGCAAUAAUAGUAAUGAAAACUUUUAGAAUCAUUUCAUGAUAUCUCGAGAUCCACGUAGAAGUGCCCCUGAUUUAGACAUGUAUCCAAACUAUUUGAAAAAGCCUCAGUAAUAAAAUCAAACAAAGAGAAUCGAAAUAAGGGAGAAAAUCAUGGAAAUAUAUAAUUAGGUAGUGAAGUUACUGCAAAAUCACAAAGGAUAUGUAAGACAGAUGGAAAAGAAGCAAGCUGUGAUUACAUUAGUAAAGUUAAGAAAGGAGUUCAUGCUUUUGAAUUAGGAUUACAAUGAUUAUUAUGUAUUGCCAGUAGCUGAGCCUGAUCUUGAAUUUAAGAAUAGAAUGGAAAUGCUUAUUAACUGGUUUCAACCUCAUAAAUUACAAAAGAGCAAUAGAAUAAAUCUAAUAUUCAAUUUUGAUGAAUCAUUCAACACUGCUGAACAAAGUUAGAUAAUGCAAUUAUUGUCUGAUUAAUUUAGUGAUCAGGAUUAAAAUUAUUCAACCUCUCAAUAAUCUUGUGAGAACCUAUCAGAAGUCUCUGGAGCAAUCAGUCAAUCUAAAAGAAAUGCCUAAUAGAACAGAACUACUAAAGUCUCAGUUUCAAAAUAAUCAAAGCUCAUAAAUCCAAUUGAGUAAUUAUAAAUUUAACAAAUACAAGUUGACUAAUAAAAAUAGAAACACAAAAAUAGUAAAUAAGAUUUAAAGGAAUCUAAAACUUAAAUACCUCGAAAAUAUACCAAAUUAAGUAUUGAGGAUAUCAUGGAUCAAAAAGAAAAGAAUGAUAACAUAAAUUAUUUUGAUGAAGAUGAAGAACCAAGUGAAAAUGGCACUGGUGAUAAAGGUACAGAUACAAAGAGGAGAGCAAGGAGAGAUGCAAAAAUGAUAAGCAGGAAGAAUGCUAUUCUUGGAGCUAACGGUUAACCGGUUGAUAAGAAGAACUACAGAAUCAAUACAGAUGGGUAGAUGGUCAGUGAUCAAAUGUCUGAUUAAGAUAAAUCUAGUGAUAAUAGAAGGUAAUCUGAAGAGACGAAUCGCAAUGGAUUGGAAAAUAGAGAAGAUCUAUUAUCCAAUCAGGAAUAGAUUGAUGAGAUACUGAAUCAAGUUGAAAAUGAUUUAAUUACUUACUAAAAGAUGGAUGAAAAUGAUAAUAAAAGAAAGAGGAGUAAAGCUAUGGAAUUCAAUUUGGACAAUAAUUAACAAGGUUAAAAUAGAUUUUAGAAAUAGUAAAAAAAAUAUGACCAAAACCAUAUUAUUAAAUAAAGUCAGAUUUAUAAAACUGAACCUGAGUUUUUAAAUUAAAUAAUUGAUUAAACUGGAUUAAUUGAAGCCUUAUACAAUUGUUAAUACAUCUAUGAUUCUCGAAUUCUUGAUUUAUAUAGAAUAGAUAAAUAAUAUACUACAUGGGAUGAUGAUAUAGAUUAUAUUUACUGUGGAGAAUAUUAAUUCAGAUGA